UUUUAUCCAGUGAAGGGGGAUUGCCUAAUCCGAAGUUACCGAACACGGGCGGGUACUGCCUCAAAUUAAUAGCAACGGCAAUGCUUGGGAGUUGUGACCAUUUGUUUCCUUUCUCGAGGGAUAUAGAUAGAAUGCGUUAUGCUUGUGCAAUCCUUUACGCCAAUUCCCGGGCUUUGAUCAUCGACGCCCAAAAGCGGUGAAGCAGCUUCAGAUUCAGAAGGGUAUGCUAUUAUUCUUAUGUCAUGGCUGAUAGGUUGAAGCAGCAGAAGCCAAUAAUACCAUCAUGCAACUAUCAAGGUACUUAAGAUCAAGAGGCCGAACUCCCAGAAAGUCUCCUGGCAAGGUUUUGCAAGAGGACUGCCCAAAGUGUCACAUUCGCUUCAAUUUACUGUCGUCUUUGCAAAGUGGGAAGUUGUUGGAGAUGAAUUCAAGAUAUGAAAAAAAUGAUGAAACAACUGUACGGUUGGCGGAGAGUAUCGAUCCAUCAAUAAUUUUGUGAACUUUUAGUAAGGUUCCAGAACCCUGCUUUGGGAUUGCUAUGGGCCCAUCCAUGCGAUCAACAUUUCAAAAGGUCAGUCAUGCAUUAAAUGGGAAGCGUAAGAUGCUGCAGAGAUCACUUCAGCACAGAUGCACACUCCUUGAGAUUGAAAAAGCCCUUGGAAGUUUGGGUCUUCCAGCUCCUUCAAUCCAGUGGAGCUUCCUUGAAAGGACAAGAUUUUGUGAGAUUGAAUAAUCUGAUUGUGAAAGUUGACUUGGGCUUCCUUGAAAGGACAAAGUUCAUCCAGCACCCUGAGGAGCUCAAGGUCUGCUGGUUGCAUGUUCAAGUUGAGAAAAGUCAACGUGAAGAUGUGUACCGUGUUGUCAAGGCUUUUGCCGCCAAGGAAGAAUGGAUGAGCCAUGAAGCUAAACGCUACAUUCAGUGUUUGAAUCAUAUACCUAGAGUUGGGGAUUUCAAUGAGAGCACAUAUUACAUGGAAGGGAACACAGGCCAUCCUGUGUUCGAAACAACUUUUGGGAAGAUUGCUAUUAAUAUCUGUUAUGGAAGGGACCAUCCUUUGAAUUGGUUGGCAUUUGGUUUGAAUGGUGCUGAGAUUGUCUUUAAUCCAUCUGCUACUGUGGGAGAACUCAGUGAACCAAUGUGGCCUAUUGAGGCCCGAAAUGUUGCUAUAGCAAACAGUUAUUUUGUGGCAUCUAUCAAUCGUGUUGGAAUUGAGACCUUCCCCAAUUCAUUCACUUCGGGUGAUGGUAAGCCUCAGCAUUUAGAUUUCGGACAUUUCUAGGGGUCAAGCCAUUUUUCAGCUCUAGAUACUUCUUGCACACCAUCACCAUUGUGUUAUAGAGAUGGGUUAAUGAUAUCAGACGUGGACCUCAAUCUCUGUAGGCAGCUGAAAGACAAGUGGAGAUUUCGAAUGACUGGCCGGUAUGACAUGUAUGCAGAGAUGCUUGCUCGGUAUGUGAAGCAUGACUUUGAGCCCUAAGUAGUUGUUGAUCCCCUGUUCAAGAAGAACCCUUCUAAUGAUGCUGGUAGAAAUUAAGGUUGAUAUUUGACACCUCUAAGAUGAAUUGAAAGAUAUCCAUGGUCAAUAGAAAGCCUCUGUAUAGAUGAAGGUAGAAAUAAGAUGGAUAUUAGAAACUGUAAGAUGGUUUUAAAAUGUCUUUGGUCAAUGGAAGCAAGACUUUAGUACA